AAAUUAGCCUUAUUUAGAUCAAAGUUUGUAGCUAUUAGAAAUGCUCUGAAACAUUGACUACAUGGAAAUUAGAAAUUUCAUUCAUUUCAAUUCUAUUAAAUUUCUACUUUCUGAGCUAUAGGGAUGUAGAAUUAAAAGGUGCAUUGCAUAUAAAACUUAUAUUAACUCUAUUCUAAAAGCCAAAGUGAUUUGCUGAUGCUUUGUAUAUGAACCAUAAACUAUAGCCUAGGACAAAAAGAAAAAAAUAUCCCAAACCAAUACAGGAAUUUAACUGACAUCUUCUGUCCUGUCAGCCUCUCUUCUAUCUGCUUUUUUUAUAAGUAUUUAUGGUGAUGUCACAAAGAUAUAAUCAAAGAUCACUUGAAAAAAAAUUAUUGUGCUUCUCAAGAUGUGAAAUUUCAAGUGAAUGAAUAUGAUCACAUUCUCACAAAGUACAGCAUCCUCAUUUUGUUAUUGAAGCUAGAUAACUUUUAUUGCAGCCUGACCUCCAGAUGCUUGGUGCCUGUAUAGGCCAAUAUGAAGUGGCCAGGACUGGAAGGUCACCUCUGGAAAGAGACUGGGAAAAGCCUGCUACAUUUAAAAUAUUUGGGUGGGGUUUUUUUCUUUGCAAAACUUGAAAAGCUAUCAAGGCAGAACAUUCUCUUAGCUUAGGCAUUCUUGCUUGGAGUUGGAAAAAAAAACAACCCACUGAAACCAUGCAUAAUACCAAAUAGUAUUUUACCUCAGAAAUGAAGUUCACUGUUGUUUUGGCAGGCCAGUGUUAUGAUGGUUGUGAAAUGAGUCCCAUCCAUUAGUCGUCUUGGGUUCAAAAUAUGUUGGGUACUUUGUCUUCACAAAAUUACAAGGUAUCUGACAACUAUUCUCUUAAUUCUUUGAUCCAGAAGUCUUUGGAGACAUUAGGAGUUUUGAGUGUCGAGCACUGUCAGAAACUGGCCACCAUCUUGUGGAAUGACCAUUUAAAAACCCAUGUUCUAAAAGUCAAAUUAAUAUGGUAAUUGCUCACUGUUCACCGUUCUAGCUUACCUUUUGGAUGGUGAGGUACAUUUCCUGACAAGCGUGGAGGUACACCCUCCUUAUAUUUUUAUUUUCUAAUUAUAUUCAUGAAAUUUAAGUAAGAUUCAUGGCAGCUCUACUAUUUUAAAAAAUUAAGGGAAUAAACAAAAUCAAGUCAGGGGCUCCAACUGAUACCAAGAUAGAUAAGUGUCUCUGGAUUUAUUGUUUCCUAGAGGCACUUUAUAAUUUAAUACUGCUUUAAUAGGUCUUGAGGAAGAUAACAAAAAUGAACUUACUCUUCUUCCCAUAUAAAAGCCAAAUGCCAAGACCACAAUAUAUUAUGUUGAAUUUUGUAUGUUUUGUUCAAACCCUUAAGCUAUGAAAGAAACAUUUCACAUGAUCUCUGCUUAUGACUGUCAGACAGUAUUUAAAGAGAAAUAUAUUAGACUUCUUUGCCUUUUUUUUCAAGCGCAGUUUCUGCUAUCUAUCAUACUCUGAUAUACUAGUUAUAGGCAUAUUUUAUAAUCUGCAGCUUUUGCAAGUGACAUGGAUUUCUUGGGCCAAGUGUGUUGUUGCUGUUAUCACGAUGAAGAUGAAUUAGAGAAGAAUUCAUUGAUCACUGGUGACACAUUUCAGUAUUUCAAUAAGUUACAGAAAUGGCGGCAGUCAGAGGCAGCUAACUUGUGGAAUGAACCAGCAGACUCUGCUCAUGUGGAGCGAGGAGAUGAUCAUGAGCUUCACAAGCUGCUAGAGAAAAGGUCAAAAAUGCGCCGUGGGUCAGAGGGAUACCGACGUUUGAGCUUUGACAUCAUUGCCCAUCGACAGAUCCGUCGAAAGGUAAAGGAUAGAUGGAAACAUAUCUUAGAAGUCUUAGGGUUCAAAGCUGAAACAGAUGGCCUACUCACUGUAACUUCCUGUACUUCUUAUGAAUCUCUCCACAAUCCUCAAGAGGCCCGCAGACUCCACACUACCCUGGCUGAACAGACAUCAAUUUUUGGUCAUCAUGAUGGUGGUCCACCAGAGAGAUAUCUCUUUGUCCUGGACCGGCUUAUUCUUCUUGAUGUGGGAGAUGAUUUUCUGUCAGCUGCACGUCACUUUUAUCCUGCAAAGGAAGAAGAAGACAAUAUGUCUUCCAGUGAUGGAGACCCAUCUACUCCUGGUCCCAUCUUAGUACAAUUAAAUAAUGAAACUCAAAAAGAGGCUGAAGUAGAAGAGGGGGAGGAAUUAAAUGAGAACUAUACAUAUUUUGGAGGGGCAAAAGGAGGAAAUUGAAGAAUCUGAGGAAAGUACCAUGAAGAGAAACAAACUCAAAUCAUUUAGUACAGACCUAUGAAGGCUUAAAACAGGGAUUCUCAACUUUCAUUUCUUAAAUUCCAUCAAUUAUCGUAAGAAUUAGGACCCACAUUAUACAAAAUAAAAAACCCCAUGUACUGAUAAUAGCUAUAUAUUUACAAGUAAUCCAUUACUAAGUUUAUCAUGUACAGUCAGUUUUAAAGACUUGAAAUUUCAAUUAGUUAUUCUGUAUCCCAUAUAGAGUGCUUCUGAAUCCCAUUGAUGCCAUUAUUGAAUCUAGGUAACUACAUUAUGGACUUUUUAAAAAGUCCUUUUUCAUAUAAUAAACUU